UAAAAGCAUGUGUCAUCCCGACUCUCUACUCCGAAAUCAGUCUUAGUUACUAGGAAAUACGAUUUGAAGGGGAACGGGCGUGAAGCACACGAGACUGUUAAAACUUAAGACGCUACAAGGCUGGAGAAAUAUUUUCUAAAGUUUAAGUUUCACUGGCAGGCCGAUCUGACCUGCAUUUAGAAUUUGUUGACAUCCGAUCUGACCGCGACGGGCCACGCACUUACCUCUGGUUGUUCUUCAGUAAAGUAAGCUGUGAUGACCCUGUCUGGAGGCAACAGUGCCAACGACAUGUCCGGUCAGACGGUGCUUACAGCUGAAGAUGUGGAUAUCGAUGUGGUCGGAGAAGGCGAUGAGGGAAUGGAAAGAGACAGCGACUGCGAUAGCCAGGGAAUUCACGAACGCGCGGAAGAGGUGGAGGAGAUCGGGGUUAAAGAACGGACAGGCAGCCCAUGUGAAAGCGCAGGCGAGGGAGAGACCAAAGGAGACGGCCAGGAAAGCGCGUCGGGUCCCAUGCAGAGUAAGCCGAAAAACAGCCUGGUAAAGCCACCCUACUCCUACAUAGCGCUCAUCACCAUGGCUAUUCUUCAGAGCCCGCAGAAGAAAUUAACUCUCAGCGGGAUCUGCGAGUUCAUCAGCAAUCGUUUUCCGUACUACAGAGAGAAGUUUCCAGCCUGGCAAAAUUCCAUUCGACAUAACCUGUCCCUGAACGACUGCUUCGUCAAAAUCCCAAGAGAGCCAGGAAACCCUGGUAAGGGUAACUACUGGACACUGGACCCCCAGUCGGAAGAUAUGUUUGACAACGGCAGCUUUCUCAGAAGAAGGAAACGAUUCAAGAGACACCAGCCAGAUAUUCUCAGGGAACAGACCGCCCUCAUGAUGCAAAGUUUUGGGGCAUACAGCAUUGGGAAUCCUUACGGACGUCACUAUGGAAUUCACCCAGCAGCCUAUUCCCAUCCGGCGGCUUUGCAGUAUCCUUAUAUCCCUCCCGUAGGUCCAAUGCUUCCCCCGGCGGUACCUCUAUUGCCGUCCACUGAGUUAAACAGAAAAACUUUCAAUUCUCAACUCAGUCCCAGCCUUCAGUUGCAAUUGAACAGCCUGAGCACCGCGUCGAUGAUCAAGUCCGAGCCUUCCAGCAGACCCUCGUUUAGUAUAGAGAAUAUUAUCGGGGUGUCCAGCACCUCGUCGAGUGCACAGACUUUUCUGCGGCCUCCCGUGACUGUUCAGUCAGCCUUGUUGAGCGCACAGUCGCUGUCCCUUACCCGGACAUCAGCUGCUAUCGCACCGAUUCUGAGCGUGCCCACAAAUAUCAUUUCUGGACAAUUUUUACCCACAGCAUCAACAGCAUCUGUUUCAAAAUGGCCUUCUCAAUGAAAGUAUUUUUUCUAGACAUACUGGGGGAAAAACUGUACAGCACAAUUAGGCAGCACUGGACUUUGUCCGCAAAAA